AUGGGAGAUCCGAAUCGUCUGGACCCACGCGGGUUCGACUUUGGACGAACAAGAACUCGGUCGAACAACACGGCCGACCAGGGCGGAUAUUACGACCAACAAAAGUCGACCCGCCACCCGGCUGGCUAUCCCGAACAACAAGGUCGGGCGCCGCUGUUUCGGCCACCAGAAAGCCGACUGCCACCGAGGGGAACACAACCCGGCAUGUAUGGCAGAGUAAACGAACAACGGAGGGGAUUUUACCAGCCCCCACUGAGGGCGGCGCCGGCGCCACAAGCGCGACCGGACUCGUAUGAAGGCUAUUCGGAACAGCCACGACAACGGCAGCCGACGUCACAUACUCGAACGCCGCCACCACAACAGAAUCACGCCCGAACGCCACCACCGCAACAGAACAGAUACGGCGGACCGGCUUACCAACCGGCAGGUGAUGCCGACCACCAAGGUCGGAUAUCUCUGGCGAACCCACCGCCCGCCCUGGGAGCACAACAAGUUGCACCAGCGGCUGCGCCAGUGCCACCCCAAAAUCCAGCGGGAUUGGACCCCGCUAAUGUGGCUGUGGUACGCGCAAUGGCCCGCGGACGUCGGCAACCCAUGCCGGACUUCGACGGCGAUUAUACUAAGCUCAACGAGUGGCUUAAGCAGAUCCGCCAACUGUACCUGCAGGCCCAGGAAUGGUACGAAACCGACCAGACCUUCAUGGCCGACCUCGUAGCAAACUAA